UCUGCCAACAAGACGUGUUCUCGCGUAUCGCAUGAUGAAGAUUGAAAUAGUCGAAAUCAACACACCGCCUUCACUCCAGUUUUGGAGUGGGCCUCCAGAAAGUUCGUUUGUCGCCUUUUACGAUGGUAUCGUAUCCAACGCAGUAAUAUUCUUACCAGGAGUCGUAGACAUGAAGACCUCAGGCGCUCGGAGUAAGUCAGAACUCGUGGAAAAGGAAAGUCCCCAUGUCGCAUUUUACCAUGGGAGCGCAACCAGGGCCCCGGCGAUUUUGCCAGGUAUUCGACACCUGAAGCCUCAGCCAUUACGACAUGUGCAACUGGUCGGAUUCAUCAAUAUGGAAAGUCCACACAUGACAUAUAACGAAGAGAUCCUGUCCAUGGCACGUACAUUGGUGCUGGAUUAUAAAGACUUCCUGGCCGACCAACUCUCAAGUCUUCUGAACCUGGCUCUACUCAAGCGUGAACAAAGUCUAUCUACCUCCUACAACCAAGCGAUGUUAGCCACAUUGAAUCCGGGUGAGGUUGAAUCUCAAGUGACCCCUCCCUCCAACUCACGGUAUCUUACUGGACUCAAGAAAGGACUCCCCUUUGUCGCAUUUUACGACGGGAUCGCAGCCGCGGCAGUUAUAUUCUUACCAGGAGCUGUAGAGCAGAUAAAUACCUCGACCCCAAGAAACAGGGUAGCACCAUUUGUUGCGUUUUACGAUGGGAUGGUAGCUACUGCACAAAUAUUCUUACCAGGAGCUGUAGAACAAGCAUAUGCCUUGAUCUCAAGCCACGGAAACAAGGUAGGACUCAUGAGACACCCCGAUGUCGCAUUAUACAAAGGAAUCAGAGCCCUGGUACAUGCACUAAUGCCGGGUAACGUACAACAGCUGAAGCCUCAGCCAUUACGACAUGUGCAACUGGUCGGAUUCAUCAAUAUGGAAAGUCCACACAUCACAUACAACGAAGAGAUCCUGUCCAUGGCGCGUACAUUGGUGCUGGAUUAUAAUGACUUCCUGGAGGGCCAACUCUCAAGUCUUCUAAACCUGACUCUACUCAAGCGUGAACAAAGUCUGUCUACCGCCUACAACCAAGCGAUGUUAGCCACACUGGAUCCAGGUGAGGCUGAAUCUCAAGUGACACCUCCCUCAAACUCACGGUAUCUGGCGAGACUUCCAUUCAUCGCAUUUUACGAUGGGGUCGCAGCCACGGCAGUAGUAUUCUUGCCGGGUCAUUUGAAAACUAUGGAGUCUGCGCCAUCAACUCCAAGAUACGCAACUCGAAUGGAGACUGGACCAAGCCACGACAACGUUUAUAACUAUGGGAUCUUAACCAAAGCGCGAGUUUUUCUACCAUUUGCCCAGAAAGAGAGACCACCGGAAGUCGAGCCCUCAAACCCACGCCCACUAGUUCGACCCCAGUGGAGCCGGGUUGAAAAAUAUCGUCUGCUCAAAGACAAACUGGACGGACUUCCGCUGAGGUACAAGCCCCGCUCCACCAAGUACAUCACCUUCAAGGAGAAAGAAAUGGACACCCGGCGGCGUAUCCUCAACACCAUCCCCUCCCUGAAGCCUGUCCCCCCUGGCAGCUGCCUGGCCCGGAGUCCGCUCACACCCUGGUACUGGCUUGAGGACACCCACCCCGAAAUGGUCUCAGCCACCCUGAAGGACCUGGCCAGUCAACACAUGAAGUACUUCAGGGCAAGUCCCAGCAGGGCACCAGGUCAACAGGCAGGUCGAUCGCAGAUCCAGAUCAUGGAGGACCUGUACUGGGAGGAGCUGAGGACAAGGGGUGCACCGGGCACAACGGAGGAGAUGUACAGCAGACUUCGGCAGGAGAUGAGCUUCACCAGGAAACUCUGGAAUAGAUAUGACAUCAAGGAGACCAAUCUGCAGUCAGACCAGAAAGGCAAGUCAAUUUUCAACACCAAAACUGCCCUGCUAAACGACACAGCCUGUCUUAACACAAAUAACAACGGUUACACCAAAGAAGAAGGUGACUGUGAUCUGGACGCUGCCAAUUCUUCUGUCUUUGGGUCCAAGUCGGACCAGGUGUUUUCCAGGGGUCAGGAUCUUGCCAGAAAGAAGCCAAGGCACAGCUACCUGAACAAACGCCACUCCGAUGGCUUCAGGUCACUGCCACAGCAGGGACGCAAAGCUAGCACAAAGAGAAGGAGACAAAACAUUCACUCGGAUUAA